AUCACUGCGCGGAACAGGUGAAGGUGACGGGGUCGGGAAGAACGGCUGCGGGGACCCCGCCGGCUUCCCUUCAGCGCUAUGUUGGUGGCGCGGCCUCUGCUGCUGCGCGGGGCCUGCGCUCAGGCGCGCUUCCUUUCCGCCGCUGCUGCUCCGGAGUCGGCGCCCCCUAAGAAAACACAGUUUGGGCCCCUUAAAGAUGAGGAUCGCAUUUUCACAAAUCUUUAUGGACGCCACGAUUGGAGGUUGAAAGGGGCUUUGAGCCGAGGUGACUGGUAUAAAACCAAGGAAAUCCUGCUCAAGGGUGUUGACUGGAUCUUGAAUGAGAUAAAGACUUCAGGCCUGAGAGGCCGUGGGGGAGCCGGUUUCCCCACUGGACUCAAGUGGAGUUUCAUGAAUAAGCCCCCAGAUGGCAGACCCAAGUACUUGGUGGUGAAUGCAGAUGAAGGGGAGCCAGGAACUUGUAAGGACAGGGAGAUCAUGCGUCAUGACCCCCAUAAACUGGUGGAGGGUUGCCUUGUGGCAGGACGAGCUAUGGGAGCCCGAGCUGCCUACAUCUAUAUUCGUGGAGAGUUCUAUAAUGAAGCCUCAAACUUACAGGUGGCAAUCAGGGAGGCGUAUGAGGCAGGACUGGUGGGCAAGGAUGCUUGUGGCUCUGGCUACGACUUCGAUGUCUUUGUGGCAAGAGGGGCAGGUGCCUACAUCUGUGGUGAAGAGACAGCACUUAUCGAAUCCCUUGAGGGCAAGCAGGGCAAGCCACGCCUAAAGCCUCCCUUCCCAGCUGAUGUGGGGGUUUUUGGUUGCCCAACCACUGUAGCAAAUGUGGAGACUGUUGCUGUGGCACCUACCAUCUGCCGUCGAGGAGGGACCUGGUUUGCUGGCUUUGGACGUGAGCGCAAUUCUGGAACCAAGCUUUUCAAUAUCUCAGGGCAUGUCAACACACCUUGUACUGUGGAAGAGGAGAUGUCAAUACCACUACGUGAUCUGAUUGAACGACAUGCGGGGGGCGUUACAGGCGGCUGGGAUAACCUGCUGGCUGUGAUUCCUGGAGGCUCAUCUACUCCCCUCAUCCCCAAAUCUGUGUGUGAGACGGUGCUGAUGGACUUUGAUGGGUUGGUGCAGGCACAGACUGGACUUGGGACAGCAGCUCUCAUUGUUAUGGACAAAUCGACAGAUAUAGUUCGAGCCAUUGCCCGCCUCAUUGAAUUCUACAAGCAUGAGAGCUGUGGGCAGUGCACACCAUGCCGAGAAGGUGUUGACUGGAUGAAUAAGGUGAUGUGGCGGUUUGUGAGGGGCAAUGCACAAGUAGCAGAGAUAGAUGCACUAUGGGAGAUUAGCAAGCAGAUUGAGGGUCAUACCAUCUGCGCUCUGGGAGAUGGGGCUGCUUGGCCUGUACAGGGACUGAUUCGUCACUUCCGUCCAGAAUUGGAGGAACGGAUGAGACAAUACAAUGAAUCUAAGGUGCAGCAGGCAUCUGGAUGAACAAUUAGAACACACACUGCGAUGAAGUCAUCCUUUUGUACAUUGGGUGGGAUAUCUUGAGCAUUUGCUUGGGCAUUGGGAACAGUGUCUACUUUGUUAAGUAACUCUGUGUUCUUCUACAGGACAUAUUAUAUAUUAAAUUGUUGCAACUUA